CAACGAGUUGACCACAGUCACGAUGAUAAACGGCGCGUACGCGUGGUGGAGGCUCGCGAGGAUCGCUAGACACGGACUUUUACCUCCUUUCUCUUUUCCUCCUACUACUGCUACUCCUACUACCGCCGCCGCCGCCGCUACACCGUGGAUCUCGGCGCUCAGCCGACGACGACGAAGCGACGACGGGUUACGCACGGCGCCACGAACGGGCUUGGCCUCCGUCGCCGACGGCAACGGCGAUGGCGACGGCGACGGCGGCGAUGUUUCCAUGGGUCGCACCGCGCCAAGCAUUAUUCGCGCCUCGACCAUCCGACAGCUAAUUAUGGAGCUUGAAAACUGCAAUGCACAUGGAGAUCAGGAGAAUACGGGGCCUAAUACACCGCAGUAUGACAACGAUCCGAGUGGUAACAAAAAGUGGUACCGGCAGGCCAGUCAAAGACGACACGAAUUUCACAAUGCAGGACCGAGGGUGCGAUUCCCGGACGACUCGAAUAUAUUCCCCGAGGAAUCGAUCCAUCGUACCAUACUUGGCCUUAAAGUAGGACUGACCAGGAACGAUCGUAGCGAACAAGACCUGGACAGCUACAACGAGGGCACACACGGCGCCCGCAGUGAUAAGCGCGAACUAGGGCACAGGAUCUUCGUCAAUCGGAGCCUUCAUCUGGAGAACAUCAAGUUCUAUGGCUUCGACAUGGAUUACACAUUAGCAGAAUACAAGUCACCACAAUAUGAGCAACUGGGCUUCAAUCUGCUCAAGGAUCGUUUAGUAUCUCUAGGAUAUCCACAGGAAAUCAAGGCCUUUGAAUAUGAUCCCAGCUUUCCCGUUCGUGGAUUAUGGUUUGACACGUUACAUGGAAAUCUUUUGAAAGUUGACGCUUAUGGGAACAUUUUAGUCUGUGUCCAUGGCUUCGAGUUCUUAAAACACUCUCAGGUCUACGAGCUUUAUCCAAAUAAAUUUCUACAGUUAGACGAGUCUAGAGUUUAUGUGCUCAAUACCUUGUUCAAUCUACCGGAGACUUAUUUGCUGGCAUGUCUGAUAGAUUUUUUCACGAACUCACCGCAAUAUACUAGAGAAAGAACCGGAGUGAAAGAAGGUGAGCUCACCAUGAGCUUCAAAAGCAUAUUUCAGGAUGUUCGAAACGCGGUAGAUUGGAUACAUCUUCAUGGUGAUCUUAAAUCGAAGACUAUCGAGAACUUAGACGAAUAUGUAAAGAAGGACGAGAGGUUGCCUAUGUUCCUUACGAGAAUCCGAGAGAGCGGAGCAAAACUGUUUUUAUUAACUAACAGUGAUUACGUUUUCACGGACAAAAUUAUGACUUAUUUGUUCGAUUUUCCACACGGUGCACGGCCUGACGAACCACAUAGAAAUUGGAAAACCUAUUUCGAUACAAUUGUAGUAGACGCCAGAAAACCAUUGUUUUUUGGAGAAGGGACAAUAUUACGACAAGUGGAUACGAGAACAGGUGCUUUAAAACUUGGUACACUUAAAGGACCACUUCACACAGGGGAAGUGUAUUCAGGAGGCUCGUGCGACGUGUUUACAGAGUUAAUUGGUGCAAAAGGAAAAGAUGUGUUAUAUGUUGGUGACCAUAUAUUUGGCGAUAUUUUAAAGAGCAAGAAGAUAAGGGGAUGGAGGACAUUUUUAAUAGUCCCAGAAUUGGUUCAAGAGUUACACGUUUGGACCGAUAAAUGUCAAUUGUUUGCCGAAUUACAAAGUCUCGAUGUUAUGCUCGGGGAAAUGUACAAAAAUUUAGAUAGUAGUACAAAGGAAAAGCCAGAUAUUUCUAAGUUACGUGCGUCUAUAAGAGAUGUCACGCACAAAAUGGACUUAGCUUACGGCAUGAUGGGCUCCCUAUUUCGCAGCGGAAGCAGACAAACGUUUUUCAGUAGUCAAGUCGUGAGGUACGCCGAUUUAUACGCGGCGACCUUCUUAAAUCUGAUUUACUAUCCUUUUUCGUAUAUGUUCAGAGCACCUGCUAUGCUAAUGCCUCAUGAAAGUACAGUGGCACAUGAACAAAGAUUUGUUAUGGAAACGCCAAUGAUAAGCCGUACGAGAACGUUUAAACUAGCAGAUGAGGAAGAAGAACAUAAUCGGCCUUCUUCCAAAAAUUUAUAUGUAGAUCAUUUCAAUAAUCAAAUUCCACAUGCAAGACCAGAAACACCACGUAAUGUUACACAUACACAUGAUGAAGAUUGUAGUGAUGAAGAUAGUGAUUCGCAGAAACAAGCUAAUCAAUUGAGAGUAUCUACAAGAAACGUAAAUUGCAAUUAAAGUUAUAUUUUAUAAUACUCAGUGCUAUUUUUUAUCUUGUAUAAUUGAAAGUGACUGAAAAACAAAACGAUUAAUGUACAAUAUGUAGAAUUUUGUUUCAAAGAAUCAUGUUGCAUAGAAUCAUGACGUGUUUCAGCUGUGCUAAUAAUUAAUAUUUAGUCCCAAAGUAUAUAUAUGGUAAUU